GCUGGCUUUAAUCCUAAUCCCUCAUAUAUGCAUGAGAUAUUCACAUAAACCAUAUACCUCACUAGAGCAAAGACCCAUAUGUCUUGGCAUCUGCAAGCACUUAAAGUUCUACAAUUUAAUUGGUUGGGCCUAAAAUCGCGUCCCCCAAUUUCAUAAGGCGCGACGCGUCUGAGUCCCAUUUCUGCAUUUCUGCAUUUCUGCCCCUCUACUCCUUAACUUUUCUAUCGAGGUGAAUUCUUGUGUGCUUGUGAUUGCGAUAAUACCAAUCCCGAUAUAUCUCAACACCGAAACCCACACGCCUUCUUAAUAUCGGCACGGAUCAUAUACCUUCAUAAUGGCGACCCCAAGUGACGCCGGAAUACUCAUGUCUGAUGCUCCAUCCAGGGCUGCGGCAACUCCCAGACCGAGACAGUUUAACAGAGGUUCUUCGGCACGACCUCGAGGGCCUCCCUCCGAAAGUCUAGCCGCCCAUAGUGACGAUGAGGCCGAAGGAUUUGCUGAUGAUCAGAUUCCCGGCCGCUCAAGACAACGAGACCCUGCUACUAUUCCUCGAGUAGAAGAUAGGAUUGGUAUUACCGUCCAAGAGCAUUUUGAAACCUUUAUAGAAGAAUUUAUCGACGACCCUGUAUCAUCCGGUGCGCCAACGUCCAGUGCUGUCACUACAGACAAAUUCUACGUCGCCCAGAUCCAUGGCAUGCGAAUCUACCAACUAUCAACCUUUUACGUCAACUACAAUCACGUUGCUAGCUACCAAAAUGGCGGUCUAGCCAAUGCCAUCAAUACUCAAUACUACCGAUUUCUCCCUUUCCUCACCAAUGCCCUCCACAAUAUGAUCGCCAAGUACGAACCCCAGUACUUCCGCGAGCAUCGACAGGCGACUACUUCUAGUAACCAAACAACAUCAGGCGGAAGUAAUAUUGGCUCUGGAAGCCAAUCCGAGCUGCAGGGCAGCAAGACGGCAAACCAGCAGACGGAUAAACUAUUCGCUAUUGCUUUCUACAACCUCCCCCUUGUCUCCCGAGUUCGUAGUUUACGUGCCAAGAACAUUGGUCAGCUCCUUUCUAUAUCUGGAACCGUCACACGUACCUCUGAGGUCCGACCAGAACUCUCCCUUGCAACUUUUAACUGCGAGACAUGCCGUUCGGUUAUUCCAAAUGUUGAGCAGACGUUCCGGUAUACCGAACCUACACAAUGCCCUAAUAUCCAAUGCGGAAACCGUCUGGCAUGGCAACUCGACAUCCGACAAAGUACUUUUGUCGAUUGGCAAAAGGUCCGCAUUCAAGAGAACAGUUCUGAAAUUCCUACGGGGAGUAUGCCGAGGACGAUGGACGUCAUCCUGCGAGGUGAGAUGGUGGACCGUGCAAAGGCAGGCGAGAAGUGUAUCUUUACUGGUGCAUUAAUUGUGGUGCCCGAUAUAAGUCAGUUAGGACUUCCAGGUGUAAGGCCUACGGUGAUGCGAGAUGACCGCAAUGCGCCGCGCGGCAACGACGUUGGUGGUAAUGGAGUGUCAGGCCUAAAGUCUCUGGGUGUUCGCGACCUAACUUACCGGUUGGCUUUUCUAGCUAAUAUGGUCACCCCUGAUACAUCUACACCUGGCCAGUCUGCUUCUCGUCAAGUUCACGAUAUUAUCAAUUCCUUAACUCAAACCUCCACCGACACGGCCGAAACAGUCGAAGAGGCACAAACAGCUGUGCUAAACUCUAUGACGCCCAGCGAGAUCGACGAGCUCCGUGAGAUGGUCCAUAGUGACCACAUCUACCACCGCCUUGUGCAAUCACUCGCGCCUACGGUAUACGGCCACGAAAUCGUCAAGAAGGGUCUCCUCCUACAGUUGAUGUCUGGUGUCCAUAAGACUACAGCUGAAGGCAUGGCCCUUCGAGGUGAUAUUAACAUCUGUGUUGUGGGUGACCCAUCUACCUCGAAGUCUCAAUUCUUGAAAUAUGUCUGCUCCUUUGCACCGCGUGCAGUCUACACGUCUGGCAAAGCCUCCUCAGCUGCUGGUCUCACAGCUGCGGUAGUCAAAGACGAAGAGACGGGCGAAUUCACUAUCGAGGCUGGUGCUCUCAUGCUGGCUGAUAACGGCAUUUGCUGCAUCGACGAAUUCGACAAGAUGGAUAUAGCAGAUCAAGUUGCUAUCCACGAAGCUAUGGAACAGCAGACGAUCUCCAUCGCCAAAGCCGGUAUCCAAGCUACCCUCAACGCGCGGACAUCUAUUCUUGCCGCCGCAAAUCCGGUUGGUGGACGGUACAACCGUAAGACCACGCUGCGAGCCAACAUCAAUAUGUCAGCACCUAUCAUGUCCCGUUUUGAUCUCUUCUUCGUCAUCCUUGACGAGUGUAAUGAGACAGUGGACCGUCACCUAGCAGAGCAUAUCGUAGGCAUACACGCACUACGCGACAGCGCUAUUGAACCAGAAUUCAGCACCGAGUGCUUACAGCGAUACAUCCGGUUCGCGCGCACCUUCCGGCCUGAGUUCACGCCUGAGGCUAAGGAACGUCUCGUCGAGAAGUACAAGGAGCUACGUGCCGACGAUGCCCAGGGCGGCGUGGGCAAGAACAGCUACCGUAUCACCGUCCGUCAGCUCGAAUCCCUAAUUCGGCUGUCGGAGGCUAUCGCCAAGGCGAAUUGUAUCGAGGAGAUCACGCCUGAGUUUGUAGACGAGGCGGCCAAUCUUCUUCGCCAGAGUAUUAUAUCUGUCGAACACGACGAUGUUGAGAUGGAUGAAGACGAGGAUGAGACACCUGAGGACUCGGCAACGCUUGUUGCUGCCGCGGACCAAGCUACACGUGCUUCUUCAGUCGCGCAGGGCCAGGAUGAGGAGGGUGAUUCUCCCAUGGAUGAUGGCGAGAAUGCGGGUGCGGAUGCACAAGGUAGUAGGGAACCUAGCUCCGCAGCACCGGCAAAGAAGAAGACGGCGAUUACGUAUGAGAAGUAUAUCAACAUGGUGAAUAUCAUCGUGUCGCGAGUGAACGAAGACGAAGCGUCAGGAUCUGGAGAGGGCGUGGAUGGUGAAGCGCUGGUGGAGUGGUACCUCGAGCAGAAGGAGGAUGAGCUAGAGGGUGAGGAAGAUUAUCAUCGAGAGAAGGAUGUUGCGAAGAUGGUGCUGAAGAAGAUGGUCAAGGUAAGUUUUUCUAUUUUUUCGCAAUACUCACGGUCACUAGACUUUUUUUGUGGUUAUGUUACUUGACUCGAUGCUAACGGAAGCAAAUAGGACAACAUUCUGAUGGCGGUA